AUGAGUGAAAACUCUACCAAUCACAACGGAGAAGUGAAGCAAGAAAAUGCCGACUCAAACCAGAGCGGUGGCCAAAGCAAUGGGUCGCAGGAAAAGACUCGCUCGGACAGCAUCGAGCGCAUCAUGCAGCGCAAGCAACGGGUGUAUCGGUUGCCGCGAAAGCAAAAGCUAACGAAGCUGUCCAUGUACUCGUCGUGCCAGGGAACGGAGUGCCGCUGCACCGGCUGGAAAACACCCGAGGAGUACCGCCACAAAGAUGUGGAGGUAGACUACUCUCCGGAUUUCGGCGAAGAGUGUCGGAAUCCAAACUGCAAACACAGUCUGGAGGCACACAUCCGCCAUCUGGGGGACAUAAGCGAGGAGCAGAUGAACGAACUGCUUGGGGCGAUCGUGGACGUCGAGAACCUUUACAUGAGCAUGCUGCGCGAACCCGACACGGAUACGAAGAAGGUUUACGCGUAUCUAUUUCGCCUGUUGCGCCAGUGUAUCCUGUCGCGGACUCAGGCCGUCAUCCGGGGACCGCUGGGCGAUCCGCCGUUCGAACAACCCUCGAUUUCCAAAGCUGUUACUAACUUCGUGCUCUACAAAUACGGUCACUUGCACCAGUCCGAACUGGAUUCGAUGACGGAAGUGGCCAAGACUUUCCUGCACUGCCUGAACCACUGGAACUUUGAAGCUCCGGGCGCUCGAAGUGAUCUCGUCAAUCAGGAAGACGUUUCUAACUACAAGAUUAACUACACUCGCUGGCUCGUUUUCUGCCACGUGCCGGCGUUCUGUGGCUCGUUACGGCACUUCGAGACAUCCGUCGUGUUCGGCAGGACGUUGCUGAAAGCUGUCUAUCAGUACGUCUAUCAGCAGCUGCUGGCAAAGUGCAAAACGGAGCGUGAUCGGAUGCCGCCGGAGAAACGCAUCAUGCUCACUCAGCUUCCAAAGUUUCUCGAGGCACUCAAACAGGAGGUGGUCAACGAGGAUUCACCGAUAUGGUCAGCCAACUUUAAGCCCUCAACUUCGCUGGUACUGCACAAAAGCAAACGACAGCACGGCGACGGCUCGUGUACGUCGGGCUCCAAAAAGUUUGCCGGUGAUGCAAAACGCUACAAGAAGGAAUCGGACUGUGAAGAUUUGAGCGACGAUGUGGUGGCACGAGCACUGAAGCGCAUCAACGACUCAAACUACGCCAGCCGGGCGGAGGUCGUCUUCCCACCGAACGCACCGCGCGACGAAGCGGCCAAGGCUGAAGAGAACCGACGUGAGAUUGAGUUUCACGUCGUCGGCAAUUCGCUCACCAAGCCGGUCGAGAAAAAGUCGAUGCUAUGGCUGCUCGGGCUACACAGCGUGUUUGCGCAUCAACUGCCCGGGAUGCCACGGGAGUACAUCAGUCAGCUAGUGUUCGAUCCGAAACACAAAACAUUGGCACUCAUUAAAGAAGGGCGCCCGAUCGGUGGUAUUUGUUUCCGGACAUUUGUCACGCAGGGCUUCACGGAGAUCGUGUUCUGUGCGGUGACCAGCAGCGAGCAGGUCAAGGGCUAUGGGACGCAUUUGAUGAACCACCUGAAGGACUACAGUACCCAGCGGGGCAUCAAACACUUUCUCACCUAUGCGGACGAAUUCGCGAUCGGGUACUUCAAGAAGCAGGGUUUCUCCAAAGACAUCAAAGUGGCACGCCCAGUGUACGCCGGAUUUAUCAAGGAGUACGAGGGCGCUACGCUGAUGCACUGUGAGUUGCAUCCGAGCUUGAUCUACACGCAGUUCAGUUCGGUCAUACGGAAGCAAAAGGAAAUCGUGAAGGAGUUGAUAACGCAGCGCCAGCAGGAAGUGCAGAAGGUACACGCGGGUCUGACCUGUUUCAAAGAAGGUGUCCGAAGCAUACCGAUCGAAUCGAUACCGGGUCUCCGGGAAGUUGGGUGGCGGCCACUGUUUCGUGCCCAGCGAACCGCACGCCCGCUGGAAGAAUCGGCCGAUCCGGACAAGUUGGCCAAUGCGUUAGGCGGGGUACUAUUGACCGUGCGGCAGCAUACGGCUGCUUGGCCGUUCCUGAAGCCGGUCAACCAAGCCGAGGUGCCAGAUUACUACGAUCACAUCAAGUACCCGAUGGAUCUCAAAACCAUGACGGAGCGACUGAAAAAUAAAUAUUACGUUACGAGACGUUUGUUCAUGGCUGAUAUGGCACGAAUCUUCACGAACUGCCGGCUGUACAAUUCUCCCGAGACGGAAUACUAUCGCUGCGCAAACACCCUAGAGCGGUACUUUCAAACCAAAAUGAAGGAGAUCGGUCUAUGGGACAAAUGAUGUCCGCUCACGAAGCGCGAUCGACCGCAUCAUCCUGCAGAUGUCAUAGUCGGCGCCGACAACGACGACGAAGAUGACGAUGAUGAUGAUGAUGAUGACGAUGAAGAUGAUGAUGGUAAUGAAGAUCACGGAGACGCAAGAAUCGCCGGCAGCAAAACGCCAGUCGGAAGCGUCGUGGUCGGUGAGCAUCGGAAAACGUAUAAAAGGGCGUACUACCACACGUACGGUAACAUUUACAGUGCCGCCGGGGGGAAGGCGAGCUAUGGUAGGAAAAGCGUUCCGGUCGGAGGAGUUCGCAAUUCGAACGUCACCGCAGCAGCGAAUCUUUCCGGCACGAAUUCGAGGGAAGAGACUUCUAAACAAUCUUCCGUUGGAUUGGAAGUCGAAUUCGGUGCCAACAGGGAUUCGUAAGAAGUGUUUGUUUAUAGCGACUAGGUAAAUUAUUGCGAGCUUGCCAAGAUUCACGAUUCACGUAUU